UUCCCGCUUCGUUGCAUAAGGCAGUGCCGAAGCCUCUCACUCUCUCUCUCGGUUUUAUCCGAAGAUUAUUCGGAUACUUCCUCUUCGUUUACUCCGCUCCUCUUCUUCUAUGGAAUAAGCUUGAAGAUUGUCCUUUCUUCUUCCGUCCACCUUUUGUUCUGAAAAGCAAGCAGCAGCAUGGCUAUCGGUGGCUUGAUUUCAAACAGGAACUUCGGUUGCUUCAUCGGCUCCGGCAAUGGUUUUCAGAACGAAAGAGGUAUUUUGUACCAGAGACUAGGAAUCAAUGGUUCGGAGCUCUGUAAUAGAAAAUCAAAUGCAUUGUGCCGUAAUCAUCAACCACGAAAGAUUUUACCUCUGCAAGCUACUUUACAGCAUGAACUGGGACACAGGAGAGGUUUUAAAUGUUUCCUUCAACCAGGAAUGGACAGUAGAAUUAGGUUUAGGAACAAUAUCAAGGAUUAUGGAAUUAGCAAGAUAAACAGAUCUCGUGCUUACUACAAAUCAGAGGAGUCCGAUAUUACAGAAGGAGUUGUAGACUCACUGCCCUCAGCGGAUGGGUCAGCUGAAGCCGUUUUAGCCCAAGGAAAUCUCCCAUGGUGGCAGCAGUUUCCUAGACGCUGGGUGAUUGUGCUCUUAUGCUUUGCAUCAUUUCUUCUAUGCAACAUGGACCGUGUGAACAUGAGCAUUGCAAUUCUUCCCAUGUCACAAGAAUAUAACUGGAACAGUGCAACUGUUGGCUUAAUUCAGUCCUCUUUCUUCUGGGGCUAUUUACUUACUCAGAUUCUGGGAGGCAUAUGGGCAGAUAAGUUUGGCGGCAAGGUGGUUUUAGGUUUUGGUGUUGUCUGGUGGUCCAUUGCCACGAUUAUGACACCUAUUGCUGCGAGACUCGGUCUCCCCUUUUUGCUUGUCGUGCGGGCAUUCAUGGGCAUUGGCGAGGGUGUUGCUAUGCCUGCUAUGAACAACAUGCUUUCUAAAUGGAUCCCUGUCUCAGAAAGAAGCAGAUCGCUUGCACUAGUCUAUAGUGGCAUGUAUCUCGGUUCUGUUACAGGAUUGGCGUUCUCUCCUAUGCUAAUCCACAAAUUCGGAUGGCCAUCUGUUUUCUAUUCGUUUGGCUCCCUUGGAAGUAUAUGGUUUCUGCUAUGGCUAAAAUAUGCAUAUAGCUCUCCCAAGGAUGACCCCGAGCUAAGUGAAGAAGAAAAGAAGGUCAUACUCGGAGGUAGCAAACCACGGGAACCUGUUACAGUCAUUCCAUGGAAGCUGAUACUGUCUAAACCCCCUGUCUGGGCUCUCAUAAUUUCCCAUUUCUGCCAUAAUUGGGGAACAUUCAUACUAUUGACAUGGAUGCCCACAUAUUACAACCAGGUCUUAAAGUUCAACCUCACUGAAUCUGGGCUCCUAUGCGUGUUGCCGUGGUUUACUAUGGCUGUAUUCGCUAAUAUUGGUGGUUGGAUUGCUGAUACCCUCGUGAGCAGAGGACUUUCAAUUACAGCCGUUCGGAAGAUCAUGCAAUCAAUUGGUUUUCUGGGUCCUGCCUUCUUCCUGACUCAGCUAAGCCGUGUCAAAACUCCAGCAAUGGCGGUUCUCUGCAUGGCAUGCAGUCAGGGCUCUGAUGCAUUCUCACAGUCGGGUCUCUACUCUAAUCAUCAAGACAUUGGCCCACGCUACGCUGGUGUACUCUUAGGACUUUCGAACACAGCAGGAGUCCUCGCUGGUGUCUUUGGCACUGCAGCUACUGGCUACAUCCUCCAACGAGGUUCAUGGGACGACGUGUUCAAAGUAGCAGUUGCGUUGUAUUUGAUUGGAACUCUGGUCUGGAACUUGUUCGCAACCGGAGAGAAAGUUCUCGACUAGCGCCUUAACGAGCAAAGUAGUCAAUAGCUGCAGUGAAAUGGUUUGAGGAAAGCAUUAUAUCUUCUUCUUCUUCUUCUUUUUUCCUGCUUUGAAAUUGAUCUGAUUGUGAGAUCAAAAUGGGGAAUGGUUCCUAAGGGAACAAGUUAAAGAAUGUAAUUUUUAUUUAUUGUUUGGGGACUCUUUUAAAGCUUACAAUUUGAUGGGGAUAAUUAUCAAAAUGUAAAGCUUACAAUAGAGAAAAACAACCAAACUAUUAGAGUA